AUGGUAGAAUGGACCAUAGUCGAUGAAAUAAGAUUCUUCAGAUGGGUAUCUGAAUUCAAACCUGCAGGUGAAACUAAGGACUCAAAUGUGUCAGCAAUUGUUGAAAGGAUGAAUAAUCCGCAAAAAUUUCCUGUAACGUUAUUGCAAAAAGAUGUUGUAAGAAAUGAUAAAAAAUUCUCUGCCGAUGAUAUAUGGAAUAAAUUAAAACAAUAUUACGAUAUUACUGAAAUGGAUAAAAUAGAAAAUAAUAAAUGGGGUAUCACAUAUGAUAAUGAAAACGAUAAUAUAGUAAAACCUGUCAUUGCUAAUGACUCCGCUAGUACAAAAUCGGAAAGGGAAGUAAUAUUGAAGCAAGAUCAAAAAGAAAGUCAGUUGCCAUGGGAUGAAUAUGGUGAUUUGCUGGUUGAUAAUGCACAAGAAUCCAAUGAAGUUGGAAUAAAUAAGGAGUCUAAGGAUAGUGUCAACGACAUUGAACCGGCUAGGAGUACUGAUGUGUCUAAUAAUCAAAACGAACAAAGUAAUAUAACGUCUGAAAAGGUAUGCAAUGAUAAAAAGGAAGACAAACGCAUCAAAGAUAAAACAGUUAGCAAUGACUCUGUAAAAUUACAAGAUGACACAUCAGAACCACUUGGCAGUGAUGAUAUUGAAGUGCCAGUAGUCAAGAAGGAAAAUACUAAUAAACAAGCCGAAGAAGAAAAGCAGAUAGAAAAGGAUGAGAGUAAUAUAAAUAAAGAUUUUGAAGGAGCAGAUAUUGAAAAGAUAGAAACAGAAGCUGUUGAGGAAGAAGUUGUUGAAGAACAAUCAGAAGAAAAAGAAGCAGGAGAAAAAGUAGAGCGUAAAGACACCAAGAUUGCAGAAGGUGAAGAGGUUCACACUGGUACAAAUGAAGAGGUCAAAGGAAAUACAGGAAACAGUGAAAUCGAAGAUGAGGAGAUUAGUAGGAAGCAUGAAAUAGAAAGUAGAAACGAAGAUGAAGUAAUACCGAGAGUCGAACCUGUAACGAAUGAAGAAGACAAGAUAACAUCAGAGGAGAUUGAAUCAAAAGAGAAGGAACUUAAAGACGACAAGGCUUCCGAAAAUGCUCAAAAAGAAUCAAUAACUAAUGAAGAGCCUUCUUUAUUAGAAGGUACUCUUAAUGAAAAUAAUGAAGAAAAAGUUAAAGCAAAACAAAAUGCUGAUGUCAAAAUGGGAUCAGAAGAUAAUAAUGAACUUGCUAACGGGGAAAUGGAUAUUGAAGCAGUUAAAAGAGUUAAUCCAAUUAAAGGCAUAGAUACAUCUAAUAUAAUAGCAACUGACGGUGAUAAUAACACUGUUGAAGAAAAAUCAAUUCCGCAUACUAGACGAUCAGUUAGAGUUUUGAGAAAGGAAAGGAAACAUCCUGUCGAUGAAAACCAGACUAAAGCUAUGGACGAGAAUAGCACUGAAGCAUCAAAAAAUACGAAAGAUGAGAAAGAAAAUGAUGAUGAAGUUAAAGACAGUAGAGAUAAGAGUGAUAAUGAAAAGAAGAACAAUACUGUUAGUUCAGAGGAAACCGAAGAAGUAACUAAAAAUAAUAAAGAUGUUUCAUCUGAUAACAUAGCGGAAGAGCUACAAGAUAAUGUAGUUGCAGAUGAGAGACCACUAGCCAAGAGAACUAGACAUGCAUUCACAGUUGACACCAAUAAGACUAAAGAAGCAGUUAGUGAGCAUGAUACAAUUGCUCAAGAAAAGUCUCAAAAGAGAAAGAAGGGAAAAGUUGAUCAACCGCCUGUGGCCUCACGUUCUAGCACUAGAGUAUCAGCUAGAUUGAGAAACAAAAAAUAA